UCUCUACUCUUUUUUCUCUUGUAAGUUGUAACCGUAUCGCAGACCCAGCUAUAUUUUCAUGUUCAUAACAGAAUAGUCAAUUCUCCUCGAUCAGGAAACAUCAUUGGAUUUUGAUUUCCCCCAACAAUGGAGUACGAUUUCAGAAAACGUGAUUCCAACAUCCCAGCGUACAGUAGGCCUUCAUCCGCCACCUCGUCGUCCACCACCGCUGCUCAUCCGAUGUAUGGUCAACCUCAGUCACUCUACCCCAAGAUCGGUGGCGCCGCCGCCCCACCCGGCCGAAACCCCCCUUUUCACCACGCUCCCCCUCCUCCAUCCAGUUCUGGGUUGGGGAUUAGGGUUGCUAUAAAGCCAGAAUAUCGAAUUACGCCUCCGCCUGCGUUGUUGCCGCAACUGGGAGAGAUUCCGCGAAGUAAUUUCCACUUUGAUUUCGAGUUUGAGAGGCAGGUUUUAACUGAAGCAGUGAAGGAAAACCCAAACUGGAGCAGGCUUGGGAUUGAAACUGUUCCGCCGAGGGCAACUGAACCACCAUCUUCUUAUGGGCCUGCUACAGAUCCCAUUGUGAGCAAAUAUAUAGCGGCAGGUCUCAACAGAGAAGCUGUGGCACUUGCAGUUGCAAAUUAUGGAGACAAUCCCACCAAAGUUAAGGAAUUUGCCAAUGGAUUUACUCUUUUGCGAGAAAUGGGAUUCUCGCCCAACAAUGUUGCGGAAGCAUUGUUCAUGUAUGACAAUGAUACGGACAAGGCAUUGGCUCAUUUUCUCAACAGUACAUCCUGAAAUAGCAGUAUUGGAACAUCAUAUGGUGUUAUUGAUAUGAAGUUUAAUUGGUAGUAUGAUAUAAGAUUAAUUCGUUUUAGUUGGAAAGAAUGGGUUUGUAAGAUAUUGUAUGAUUGUAUAGGGAUUUUCGUUGACGAAUGGCACAAAUCCUUUGUUUCCUGUGCUUUGUUUCA